UGCACUGUGUCCCUCAGACACAGCGGAUCAACGAUCAACGAAAAGAGCCAAAGAUGUCGGCUCGGUCAUGUGAUCAGCAGUGUCCAGUCACAGCUGAUCACGUAGCACUGAUGAUCAGUGUAGCCCCAGCAGUGCCACCUGUCAGCGCCCAUCAAUGCCAGCUGUCAGUGCUCAUCAAUGCCACCUGCCAGUUCCCAUCAGUGCUUCAUCAAUGCCACAUAUCAGUGACUUCCAGUGCACGUCAAUGCCACAUAUCAGUGCCCAUCUGAGCUGCCUUUCAGUGUCACCUAUCAGUGCCAGUCAGUGCCACCUAUCAGUGCUGCCAAUCAGUGCCGCCAUCAAAUGCCACCUAACAGUGCCAGUCAGUGCUGCCUAUCAG